CGUCACCCAAUAUCACUUCCUCUUAGUCAACUCAUCUUUCAAUUAUUUGUAAUGACGUGCUUUGACAACCUGAGCUUAGAAAUACAUACGUAGAGGUACGGAUUGGAAAUCGUGCAAUGAACAAUCCAUAUCUUCUCCGUUCCCGUAAUCCCGUCUUAAUUCCGUCACAGUCCCCAAAAUCCUCAACGCCGUACACGACUUGCUGAGCUCCGUUCGACUGACACACCAACAGAAACCCUCACCACCACACCCAACUUCACACCUCACCUCACCACGAACCGAAACCCAAAAUGUCCAACGACUUCAAACCAACCAACGUCCUCAUCAUAGGCGGCACCGGCGCCAUCGGCGCCUACAUCACCUCCUCCCUCCUCUCCGCCGCCAGUCCCAAGCCCUACACCACUCUCUCCCUCUUCACCCGUCCCGGCUGGGACUCCGACCCCUCCUCCAACAAGGCCAAGCUGAUCCAACACUGGCAAUCCCAAGGCCUCAAGGUCGUCACCGGCAACGUAGAGUCCCUCGAUCAAGCGGGUUUCACCCAGGUCUUUGAGGAAGGCAAAUUCGACACGGUCAUCUCCUGCCUAGGCCGCGCUACGCUCAAGUAUCAACCCAAAAUAAUCGACGCAGCUGAGCACUCGCAAAGCGUGCAGUGGUUUUUGCCGUCGGAGUAUGGGACGGACGUUGCGUAUAACGAGAAGAGCGCGAGUGAGCCGACGCAUGUGGGGAAGCUGGCUUUGAGGAAACAUAUUAGGGAGAAGAUUGAGAGGCUGAAGGUCACGUAUGUGGUUACUGGGCCGUACUUUGAUAUGUGGCUUUAUCCCAUACCUGGGUAUGAGCAGGCUGGUGGGUUUGUGCCGUCGGAGAAGAAGGCGUAUGUCAUUGAUGAUGGAGAGGGGAAGGUUGAUGAUGGAGAGGGGAAGGUUGGGUUUUGUACCAUGUGGGACGUCGGCAAAUUCGUCACCGCCACCCUCCGCCACCCCACCCAAUCCUUCGGCAAAGCCCUCAAAGUGCAAUCCUUCAUCGUAACCCCCAAGGAAGUCCUGGCCGAGUUCGAGAAGCAGACCGGCUCCACGUUCGACGUCACCGAGACCCCGCUCCCUGAGAUCCAGGAGCUCGAGGAAGUCCUGUGGGACAAGAAGAGUGACAACCCGCAGCCCAACCCCCAGGCUACCUUCGUCACGCUGCGCAGGAUCUGGGCUCAGGGCGGCACGCUGUAUGAGAAGAAUGAUAAUGAGGUGUUGGAGGUGAAGCAGGAGGAUUUGGAUACGUUGGAGGAAGGGGUGAGGAGGUAUUUAGCCGGUGGGUACAAGGCGGAGACGUUUGGGGUGAGGGCGUGUUCGGCAAACCUGUAAAGGGCGCCAGUAUAAAUGGUUUUAGUAAAUGGAUUUACGGCGGGUGGCACAGGCCAUUCGUAAAUAGUCAUAUAAAUUCAUAUACUGGUUGGCAUUUCCAGAGUGUUAGAGAGGUCCAGAGAUGUUUGUUAGUAAAUUUGUGUAGAAUGUUGUUUUGAAACCGGUGUUUGGGGUCCCCCGGUUUACUGGACCGGUUUUUGGGUGAAGUUACGCACAGGAUAUUUACUAUCGACUCGAAC